AUGGCGCUGUUAGGCAUACUAGUAUUUUUCUGCGAAUUAAUAUUCUUGCUUCUAUUCGCUUUCUUCGUUGUGCUGCCAUUGAUGGUUAUUUUGUUUCCCGGAAUCGUGACUACGUUAUUUUUCCUUACUUUCAGAAGAGCACCCAACACUGACUACUCUGAUCUUUCCGCUAAUGGCGUGACUUCUCUUGGAAGAUCUUUUUUCCUUAGAGGCGACGAGGGCAACGUGGGUGUAUGGCAUAUUCUACCAAAAUCAGUAGCUAGCAGGUACCGUGAGAAGGGUGGCCUUUUAUUAGACGAAGAAAUGGAGAAAAUUUUAUCUGAGGAGAAAUAUCCUGUAAUAGUAUAUCUGCACGGAAAUUCUUUCGAUAGGACAUAUGCACAUCGAAUACAAAUGUAUAAUGUUUGGAGCAAGCUCGACUAUAAUGUGGUGACAUUCGACUAUCGGGGCUAUGGCGACUCAGACGGCAGUCCAUCGGAGCACGGAAUAGUCAGUGAUAGUCGCCUCGUUUAUGAGUACGUACUACAUCAUAGCGGUAAAAAUACUGUCCUAAUAUGGGGCCACUCCAUGGGUACUGGCGUUGCUGUCCACCUAGUAAGUGAUCUAUGCCUCGAUAAAACUCCUCCAGAUGGUCUCGUUCUUGAGUCACCAUUCAAUAAUUUUAAAGAUGCCAUGAUGAACAGCAUAAUGGGAACUCCAUUGAGUUGGAUGUCUCCGGAAAUGCUGCAGAGAUAUCUCCUAGAUCCUCUCAAAAAAGCUGGGCUUGAUAUGACCUCGGAUAAACGAAUUGCAAACAUAACAUGUCCUAUACUGAUGAUGCAUGCUGAAAAUGACCAUGUGCUUUCAGUCACUUUAGGAAGAAAACUCAGGGAUGCUGCCGUGGCUUCAAAGCGCGACAUCAAGUACGUAGAAUUUCCGACGGCUAGGAAUUACAAACACAAAUACAUCUACUUGGCGCCUGAGCUCGCCACUCUCAUACCGGAAUUCAUCGCUCACGUGAAACAAGCGAAAAGGAAAAGAGGAUAACGACUCCAUUGAAUUCCUCUCACAACCCUUACGGUAACAUGAAUGAUGGCACUUAAGCAAUGCGGUCCCAAGUUACUGAUCAAAAUGUGUACAGUUUGUCUCCGGCCCACUUGUAAACAGCGAUCUAUUGAAGGGUGUCCCAAAACUUUUUGAGCACGUAUUUCCUUAGCUAGAAUUUGAGCGAAG